AACACCGUCUCCCCGGCCCGGGCCGACGCCUCGCGGUGCUAUAUUAUGGCGCCUUGCCUUGCCGCCUGCGUGGCCGAAGCUAGCUCGAUCACCUCCCUAGCUAUAGAUCAGGGCCGCCAAAGGAAGAUCAUCGCCCAUCCCCUUGAUCUCUCACACUAACUCCUUUUGGACGCGAGCGCGGAUCGACUACACGUCUACACCCACCGCGCUCGACCUGCUAUAGUAUCUAGCUAGCUAGCCUCGGCCGGCGACAACGGGCGGUUUGCUCGUGUGUUGGGAGAUAUAUAGGGAGGCUCGUCGUAUACAAGGGGAUGGGGAGGGCGCCGUGCUGCGAGAAGGUGGGGCUGAAGCGGGGAAGGUGGACGGCGGAGGAGGACGACAUACUCGCAAACUACAUUGCCCAGCACGGCGAGGGCUCAUGGAGGUCUCUACCCAAGAAUGCAGGGCUACUGAGGUGUGGCAAGAGCUGCAGGCUGCGGUGGAUCAACUACCUGAGAGACGGGGUGAGGAGGGGCAACAUCUCCAAGGAGGAGGACGACCUCAUCGUCAAACUUCAUGCCACCCUUGGCAACAGGUGGUCCCUGAUCGCCAGCCACCUACCAGGACGAACGGACAACGAAAUCAAGAACUACUGGAACUCCCAUCUCAGCCGGCAGAUCCACACCUUCCGGCGGAUAUACACCACCGUCAGGGACACCACCAUAACCGUCGACAUCCACAAGCUUUCCGCCGCCGGGAAGCGGCGCGGCGGCCGGACCCCAGGCCAGUCGCCAAAGAGCAGUACAAAGAAGAAGCAGCCGGUGCCUGAGCCCGUCACCAACGCAAAGGGCACCUCGUCAACAGCGUCAAGCCCGCCUCAGAGCGACGAGGCUAGAAGCGCGGUGGUCGACCCGGACCAGAACCAGCCCAACAACAGCAUUAGCGUCAGCAACACCUCUGAUGGGCCCUGCAGCGAGGACGGGACGUGGCCCAUGGUCAUGGACCCUGUGGUAGAUCAGACGGAUGCCCUGGAGGCCAACUGCACGGUAGAUCAGCACCAGAUGGGGCUCUGGGAAGUGAGCAAUCCCAUGGAUCAGAUUGGGAUUUUGGAGGACGAGAGCGAGGUGCAGGCACUGCUGUCCAGCAGCGUUACGGCAGAGAGUGGCAUAGAUCCCGGAGGCCUGUCUCAAGUGGACGAUCUCUUGGACAUGGACUGGGAGGGGUUUGCAUCCAAUCUAUGGGACCAGCCGGCGCAGAAUGGCCUGCUCCAGCCCGCUGAGCCGCAGGUGGCGACCGGCUCCGAGUCGGACGAGCUAGAGUCGUUCGUCAGUUGGCUCCUCUCCGACGCGUGCUGACAAGAUCCUAGAACGGCGACGGUGAGCAGCCACAGCCCAUAGCAAAGCAGGUGUCUUUUUUCUUUAUGGAAAACAAUAGCAAAGCAGGUGUCGCGCGUGUGUGUGCAAGUUUUGGUAGCGUUUGCUAGCUUUCUUGUAAAUAUGUGUUGGUCUUGUGCGUGUACUUUUCCUAUUUCGUAUUGUAGAGUUGAUGGUAGAGUCGCAUAUGGCGUGUGAGCGUAGUGGGGAUCGGUAGGUUUGCUGUGCAAUGCAUUUUAUGCAUGUACUUUGCUGUGGAAGCUCGCACGAUUGCACCAGCAGUGAAA